GACAGUCCCUGCUACUGGCAACACUUUUAGGUUCUCUCUUUUCCUUUCCCUGUCCUGCCUGUCAUUAGUCUUGUCGAGUUGGAUUGCAUUAUCUUUUUCAUUAAAAUCCAGUUGUUUCAUGACUAUUUUGUUUCUACGUGGAUUUAUGAGCAGAAAGGAAAACAUCCAAUAAGAUGGAUUUAUCAAUGACUGCAAGUCAAGUUCGUAAAGCCUUUAUUGAUUUCUUUAUCAGUAAGGGUCAUAAAUAUGUACACUCCUCAUCCACAAUUCCCUUAGAUGACCCAACUUUACUAUUUACAAAUGCAGGAAUGAAUCAAUUCAAACCUAUAUUCUUGGGAACAGUAGAUCCUAACUCGGACAUGGCUCAUUAUGUGAGGACCGUUAAUACUCAGAAGUGUAUUAGAGCUGGUGGCAAACACAAUGAUUUAGAUGAUGUUGGUAAGGAUGUUUACCAUCACACUUUCUUUGAAAUGUUGGGAAAUUGGUCAUUUGGUGAUUACUUUAAAAAAGAAAUUUGUACUUGGGCCUGGGAGCUUUUAACUGAAGUUUUCAAAUUACCAGGAGAAAGACUGUAUGUAACUUAUUUUGGAGGAGAUUCAGCAUCAGGACUGGAGCCUGAUUUAGAAUGUAAAAAUAUUUGGUUGGCUUUGGGAAUUCCUGAGUCGCACAUUUUGCCUGGAAGUAUGAAAGAUAACUUUUGGGAAAUGGGUGAAACUGGUCCAUGUGGGCCUUGUUCAGAGUUACAUUACGAUCGAAUUGGUGGUCGCGAAGCUGCUCAUCUUGUAAACAUGGAUGAUCCUGAUGUUUUAGAAAUCUGGAAUUUAGUGUUCAUUCAAUUCAAUAGAGAAUCUGAUGGCUCCUUGAAACAUCUACCCAAAAAACAUAUUGAUUGUGGAUUAGGAUUUGAAAGACUAGUUUCUGUAAUCCAAAAUAAAAGAGCUAAUUAUGAUACUGAUGUUUUUAUGCCAUUAUUUAAAGCCAUUGAGAUUGGCACUGGAGUAAGACCUUAUUCUGGUAAAGUUGGUGAUGAGGACUCUGAUGGUAUUGACAUGGCGUACCGUGUUUUGGCCGACCAUGCCAGGGUAUUAACAAUUGCUUUGUCUGAUGGUGGUUGUCCAGAUAAUACCGGUAGAGGUUAUGUUCUGCGUAGAAUCUUAAGAAGAGGAGUCCGCUAUGCUUCUGAAAAACUUAAUGCCAAACCUGGAUUUUUUGCUUCCCUUGUACAUACUGUCGUUGAACUGUUGGGUGAUGUAUUCCCGGAAAUAAAAAAAGACCCAGAAUCUAUUAUUCAUAUUAUCAAUGAAGAAGAGAUCCAAUUUUUAAAGACCCUUACUCGUGGUAGGAAUCUUCUCAACAGAACAAUAGAAAAAAAUGGUAGGUCUAAAAUUAUACCAGGUGAUAUUGCUUGGCGUCUUUAUGACACAUAUGGAUUUCCUAUAGAUCUAACACAAUUAAUGUGUGAAGAAAAGGGUCUUACUGUUGAUAUGGAAACUUAUGAAAAGGCAAAAAAAGAAUCUCAAUUAGCUUCACAGGGAAAAUCUGUUGGACAUGAGGAUUUGUUGGCUUUAGACAUUCAUGCUUUAAGCUAUUUGCAGAGUUCUGGUAUAUCUGUUACUGAUGAUUCUCCAAAAUAUAAUUAUGUCCCAUCAAACUCUGGCAAAGAAGCUAUAUAUAAGUUUGACACAUGCACUGGAACUGUAGUAGCACUGCGCAGAAAUAAAGAGUUUGUUAAUGAAGUUUCGUCAGGUCAAGAGUGUGGAAUUAUAUUAGAUAAAACAAGUUUUUAUGCAGAACAAGGUGGGCAAAUUUAUGACGAGGGUUAUAUGGUAAAAGUAAACGAUGACAGCACGGAAUUUACUGUUAACAAUGUUCAAGUCAAAGCUGGUUAUGUAUUGCACACUGGUAAAGUGGAAGGUACUAUAAAGGUCGGCGAUAGUUUGUCUUUGUAUAUUGACACUGAAAGACGGCGACUUGUUAUGAAUAAUCACACCGGCACACAUAUACUUAACAAUGUCCUAAGAAAGAUUCUUGGAAACGAUACUGAUCAAAGAGGCUCUCUUGUUAUGCCAGAUCGCUUAAGGUUUGAUUUUACUAACAAGGGUCCUAUGACUACACAGCAGAUAAAAGAUGCAGAAAAUCAAAUAAAAAAUAUUAUUGAUGCUAAUAAAAUAGUUUAUACUAAGCAUACUAAGUUGGCAGAUGCUAAAAAAAUCAAUGGAUUAAGAGCUAUGUUUGAUGAACAUUACCCAGACCCAGUUCGUGUUGUAUCAGUUGGAGUGCCUGUGGAAGAAUUAGAAAAAAACCCUGAUGCUGCAACUGGUUAUGACACUUCCGUAGAAUUCUGUGGUGGAUCUCAUUUACAUCAAACAGGCCAUAUUGGAGAAUAUGUAAUCGUUAGUGAAGAAGGCAUAGCAAAAGGUAUUCGAAGAAUUGUAGCACUGACUGGCCCAGAAGCAAUAAAAGCGAUCAAUAAGCUAAGUCUACUAGAGAAUGAAGUCAAUAAUCUUGCUAAUUUUAUAAAGAAACAGGGAAAUAAUAUUAUACAUAGAGAUAUCACGAAGAAGAUUACCGAUUUAACAAAUGAUAUAUCACAAGCCCAAAUUUCUUAUUGGAAAAAGGAUGAAUUACGAUCAAUGCUGAAAAGUUUAAAAAAACAACUUGAUGAUAAGGAAAGAGCUUCAAAAGCGGCAGUAAUAACAGAAGUUACAGAGAAAGCCAAGGAUUUGUGCCUGCAACAAAAAAAUUCGGACGUUAUUGUUGCAGAGUUAAAAGCAUUUGGAAAUACAAAGGCUUUGGAUGGCGCAUUGAAACAAGUCAAGCAGUUGUGUCCAAACUCAGCUGCUAUGUUCUUUUCUGUCGACAAUGAAUCCAACAAAAUAUACUGUCUUGCAGCAGUGCCAAAAAAUAUUGUAGAGAAGGGUUUGUUAGCAUCUGAAUGGGUUCAAUCCAUUGUGAACAUUAUAGGCGGAAAAGGGGGUGGAAAAUCGGAAUCUGCUCAAGCAUCUGGAAAUAAUUGGAAUUCGCUGAAGGAAGCUAUGAGAAAAGCACAAGAAUUUGCAAAAACGAAGUUGUCAUAAUCUUCAUAUUAGAAGUUUUCAGUUUUAAAUAAAUUUAACUGUGAAUAAUGAUUUGAAAUAAAUAAUAAACAAAACAAA